CGUACACAAUGUCGUGCUGCUAUUCACGAAAACGUGCUGCAAGUUUGGCGUGAUCGCAUCACACAAUGGUUUCUGCGUCCGAGAAGAAAAGCAAAAAUGCGAAUAAUUCAGUGACGAUAGAUGAAAACUGGGAACCUGAUGUUAUCGUUCCACCAACCGUAAACGACGAUGAAGAGGAUGAGACGGAGCAUAAUGUUGGGCGAGAGUCAUCUACCCAAACGAAAGACAUUGUAGCGAACCUGUGCAAACAACGAGCCAUUCCCAGUGUUUUGGAACUGCGACUUCAAGAGUACUUUCAGCAACAUCCGCGCAUCCAACCCUUGCCAACAAUCGAAUCGGACACCGUCGAUAUAGAUCUUGCCGAUUCGGAGGAAGAAACUUGGAUUAUCCAAUGUCCCUCCACCAUUGAUGUCAAAGCCGAAUUGAAGGGGAAGAAAAUUAACCUAGCUGCUGGACAUUCAACGAUCAAGCAUUGUUCCGUACCGCUCGAAGCUCACGUGAAGAUCAAUAGCGAGGAGCGUGUUGUUGGGUUGCUUUCUGGAUCACGCGUAAAAUCCUUCGUUCCGGCCGGAUUUGUGCGCAUUAAUCAAGCGCUACCUUCACUGGCCGUACCGGUACCAUCAAACACGGACAGUUCAAAUCACGUCACUGUACCCUAUCCGGACGAAAUACGCGAACGCCAUCCUCUGCUCGGGUACGAUUUUAACGAGCAUAUGACAUUACCAAAGCGUGUGCGGAAGCGGCUAUCGUUUGCCCAGCAGAAUGCUGCAUUUAUGUAUCAAAAUGCUGGCAAAAGUAUGGCAGUGUCAAAUCAGAAGUCAAAUGCAACUACGGAAGACAUAUCCACUCCAACUAAAACGAAAAAACGGAAACAGCCUUCCGAUGAGGGCGUUGCGGUAACAGUUAAGCAGGAACCAGUGUCAGCGAAGAGAAAAAAGCGUAAAAAUGAUGAUGAAGUACAAACAGCAGAUGAGAAAAAAGAAGUGGGGAUGGAGGAUGAUAUUUCCUGGCUGCUUAAAAUUUAGCUUUCAAUACAUGUAAUCC